CAUUCUGCAGGCGUCCAUCAUGGAGCCAGCCUUCAGUGACAAACAGUAUUACGCUCAGCAUUUUGACCCAAAAGCCUAUCUGGAAGCGUAUUACACCUUCAGCUCUGACAAAGAGGCAGAAAAGGCCUUAGCAAUCUUUGCUCUGAGAAAUCUGCACAAGGCCUUCCUUUCGGGUGGCCUUAAAGGAGACACCCUGAUUGAUAUCGGAAGUGGGCCCACCAUCUACCAGCUCCUCUCUGCCUGUGAGUCCUUCCAAGAGAUUAUCGCCACAGAUUAUGUCGAUGAGAACCGGGAGGAGAUGCAGCGGUGGCUGAGGAAGGAGCCGGGAGCUUUCGACUGGAGCCCAGUGGCGAAAUACGUCUGUGAGCUGGAAGGGGACAGGGAGAAGUGGGCCCAGAAGCUGGAGAAGGUCCGAAGCAGCGUCAAGCGGGUCCUGAAGUGUGAUGUCACCCAGCCCAACCCCUUGGCCCCGCUCUCCCUCCCUCCGGCUGACUGCAUCCUCUCUGUCUAUUGCUUGGAACUGGCUAGCAAAGACCUCCCGGCCUUCCACUCUGCCUUGAAGAACAUCGGCUCCCUCCUAAAGCCAGGAGGACACCUUCUCUUGUUCACUGCACUAGAAUCCAGCUUCUAUAUGCUGGGCCAGUGUCGGUUUGGUUGCCUGUACUUGGAGCAAAAGACUAUAGAGGAAGCUGUGAAAGAGGCUGGCUUUGACAUUGAAUGGGUGGACACCACCAAGCUCAGCUUUCCAAUGCCUGUGCUCGAUUCUAGUGGGGCUAGUUUCGUGGUUGCCCAGAAACGCUGAAGCAACACGAGCAGGGGGUGGGCUGUGGGGGGAGGCAGGGGUCAGUGAAAAUUAUAAUUUAGCUUUGUUAUUGUUGUUAGGCAAUACUCACCUCUAGAACAACAUUGGAGUCCAGUAGAAGAAGGAGAAUUGCAGAUUUAUACCCCGCCCUUCUCUCUGAAUCAGAGACUUGCAAUCUCCUAUGUCUUCUCCCCCCACAACAGACACCCUGCGAGGUGGAUGGAGCUGAGAGGGCUCUCACAGCAGCUGCCCUUUCAAGGACAACCUCUGCCAGAGCUAUGGCUGACCCAAGGCCAUUCCAGCAGGUGCAAGUGGAGGAGUGGGGAAUCAAACCUGGUUCUCCCAGAUAAGAGUCCAUGCACUUAACCACUACACCAAACUGGCAGCUGCCUGUGGGGGACUUCUCUCAUGUGCAUGCAGCACACGCAGUUACCACAGCUAGUUGACCCAUCAGAAGUGAUUUCUUAUGGUACACGUCCAACUCACCUCUGUCGGGUCCCUCAAACAUCCCUGUUCCAAAGUCCAGUCUCAUUGCUUCAUUAUCCGUUUGCUGUUUCAUGUCCAACGGUCAAAGCUGCACUGAUAAGCACCCUCCAACCCCUCCUUUUUGACCCAGAGGAAUACCAGGAGAGAUCUGGGCAGGAGACUUCCAUGCCGCAGGAAGAGACUCCGCGUUUCCCCUGGCUGCCAUUCUUGAUCUGCAAAAGGUCUGUAAUGGAUCAAUGCAGCUUUUGCUGAGGGAGAGGUCAGUUUUGUGAGUAUCUUUACUGACCAAAUUUCAGUCUCAGGAGCUGGGGCAGGUCAAGUAAGCCUAGAUGGCUGUCAAGUGAGACCCCCCCCACACACACACACACUCUUAAUGCCUCCUUGCAGGGAAUUCUUUCCCUUCCUGCACCUGAGUUGUCUGAUGCACACUGCCUAGCAGGUUUUUGUAGCCCACUGGAUCUGCAUCCCAUGCCGAAUCUAUGCACAAGCCCAAAAAUGUGCUGAGUGCAAAACCUACAUGACCCUGGAGCUGAUGGAA